CUCAACCUCUUGUAUCUACUUUUCUGGAGCUUCCGGCCUUUUGGCGCAUGUGCACGAUAGAUAAUCUAGCGGCAUCAACUCUGCAAUAGAGACUAGGCCACUGCGGGUCCGGGAUUCCAGCCAGACCCAAUCGGACCGAGUGGGUGCAACCGAUGUAUCCAGAAGCCGUUGCCAAGAAUUUACUCUUGCCAUAGCCGUUUGGCACGGAAACCGCGCGCACACUUCUGCGCUCCAGAACUAUCCUGGAUGCGCCAGAAGAGAUCGUUCGCCUCCACGCAGCAGAAUACUUUCCAGCUGCAUGUGGGAACCGAAAGCAGAACCAUCGACGCAGCGAACUCGCACAACGACAAGCACAUCAACGCACGUGAGCAGAAUGCUCACCGAAACAGACCUACCGCGUGGCCCACGCGACCACAGCCUGGGAUGAAGGCCGGUGAUGCUGACAAUCACGAUGGCCACGGCGACGGCGACGAUGACGACGACGACAGCGGUGGGAGGCCGACGACUGUUCAGCAGGCUCAGGCGCGGCCCAGGAGUCAGCAGUCCAGCCUAAAGAGCUGCCGCGGUCGCUGCAGCAAGAAUUCUCUUCGCACCCCCCCCCCGACCUGGAGGCGGGAGACCUAGACUCCCCCUCCCUCUCCGAGCCAAGACUUCUUCG